AAUUUGUUGCCGGCAGUACAGGAAAUUAUUAUUUUAAAUUGUUUUGCACAUUCUAAUUAGCUGUAAUUGGCACACAAAUUAUGCGCGAAGUCAUCUCCAUACAAAUCGGCCAAUGCGGCACGCAGAUCGGCAACGCCUGCUGGGAGCUGUAUCUGCUGGAGCAUGGCAUCAAUCUGGAUGGCAGUCGCAAGACCGACGAGCAGCAGGUGGAGAGCGGCCGUGGCGCCAGCGUUGGCCAAGGCGCCACCGAGAACGAUGCGCACACAUUCUUCAUGGAGGCGGGCAACGGGAAGCAGGUGCCGCGCUCGAUAUUUGUGGAUCUGGAGCCGUCGGUGAUCGACAGCGUGCGCACGGGCCCCACACGGCAUCUGUAUCAUCCGGAGCAGUUGAUCUCCGGCAAGGAGGAUGCGGCCAAUAAUUUUGCGCGCGGACGCUACUCGAUUGGCAAGGAUGUGAUCGACAAGGUGACCUCACGGCUGCAAAAGAUUGUGGAACAGUGCGAAGGUCUGCAGGGUUUCCUCAUCUUCAAUUCAAUGGGCGGCGGCACCGGCUCCGGCUUCACCUCGCUGCUGAUGGAGGCGCUGUCCAAUGAUUUUAGCAAAAAGUGUAAGCUAAACUUUGGCGUCUAUCCGUCGCCCAAGGUGUCCACGGCCGUGGUGGAGCCGUACAAUGCGCUGCUGACCACACACUCGACCAUGGAGCAUGCGGACUGCGUCUUUAUGGUGGACAACGAGGCCAUCUACGAUAUAUGCAAAAGUAAGCUGGGCGUGGACAGGCCGGCAUAUAACAAUCUGAACCGGCUGAUUGCCCAGAUUGUCAGCUCGACGACUGCCUCGCUGCGCUUUAGCGGCUCGAUGAACGUGGAUCUGAAUGAGUUCCAAACGAAUCUGGUGCCCUUUCCGCGCAUCCAUUUCCCGCUCGUCGCCUAUGCGCCGCUCAUGUCCGCGGAUCGUGCCGCCCACGAGCAGCACGCGAUCACCACGCUGACGAACGCCUGCUUCGAGUCCUCGAACAUGAUGGUUAAGUGCGAUCCGCGUGCCGGCAAGUACAUGGCCUGCUGCAUGCUCUUCCGCGGCGAUGUGGUGCCCAAGGAUGUGAACGCCGCCAUCUCGGCGAUCAAAUCGAAACGGCAUAUACAAUUCGUUGACUGGUGUCCCACGGGCUUCAAGAUCGGCAUCAACUACGAGAAGCCCGCCUUUGUCCAGGACGGCGAUCUGGCGCCCACCUCACGCGCCUGCUGCAUGCUCUCCAACACGACGGCCAUAUCGGUGGCCUUCUCCAAUCUGGCCUACAAAUUCGAUCUGAUGUUCAAGAAGCGCGCCUUCGUCCACUGGUACGUGGGCGAGGGCAUGGAGGAGGGCGAGUUCAACGAGGCGCGCGAGGAUAUCGCUGUGCUCGAACGGGAUUUCGAUGAAGUCGGCCUGAACAAUGAUGAGGAGGAGGAGGAGUUCGCCGAGUUUUAAGCAACCUCUGUAACUGCCGUCAAUAAACUAUUG